AUGGAUAAUAAUGUCACGAUUCUACAACAAGCUCUGGAGGACUUGGUCAAAUUGACGCGUCUGUUUGAGGCGCAUCUGAGGCGCUCUACGCCAGACAGUGAUGGGCGCUUUGCGCCUUACCGCUCGCCUCAGGCUGUCGCCACUAGCGCAGACCUGAGCGCAACCAACAAAGUAUCAACCGGCGCCACCCUCACGGGAGGUGCCCAGUCGGACGACGUCGGCGAAACCACAUCGGCGCGCUACAGAGCAGUGCAGAUCGUGACCGCUCCGAUGAUCGUACCGUCGCACACGCAUGCCACUUAUCACUCUGCCAACGCGUCAGGGCGCAAGCGCACGGGAAAGUGGAAGAAUGCGAAGGAGGAGAAGACGUGGGCCGUGAUCAGCUCGACCUCGAUGGACGACAUGGCGUUCAACACGGACAACAACUCUCACGAGUGCAGCUUCGUGCCGUCGACAGUCCAUGAGAAUGGCAGUGUCACCGUGUCCGCGCCAUGCGAGAUGACGUUCGAUGACAAGACACAACGCGAUCGGAUGAUGGGUGCGGCGCUUGGAAUGUCACCGCAUGUCUCAGUAGGGAGGUAG